AUGGUCACUCGAACUUUAAAAUCAACUGCAUUCAUCUUUGACCUUGAUGGAACUUUAAUCGAUACUACGCCUCAAGUUGUCAAGUUCUGGACUGACAUUGCAUUGGAGAACAAGCUGAAUCCAGCAAAGAUCCUUGAAACCUCUCAUGGCCGCAGAACCAUUGAAACCUUGCAGCGUUGGGUACCUAAGUUGGCUACAAAGGAAUAUGUCAAUGAAUUAGAGGGGAGAUUAGCUUUAGAGAAGGAGGGCGUUGUCGUGUUACCUGGCGUGAUGGAUCUGUUACAAAGCAUCCCGGCUGAAGACUGGACAGUGAACACGGCUGGCACCAAUCUCAUGGCGACUACUCGCCUCAGACAGUUCAAUAUCACAGUGCCCAAGCAGAUGGCAACUGGAGACAUGCUCACGCAUGGCAAACCUCAUCCUGAAGGCUAUUUGAAAGCAGCAGCCAUUCUGGGCAAAGACCCCAAAGAUUGCUUAGUAUUUGAAGACGCACCUUCAGGCGUGAUGGCUGCUAUUGCUGCUGGAAUGCAAUGUAUCGCUUGCACAACAACGCACACUCUCGAGCAACUAAAGGAGGCGGGAGCUACUGUCAUUGUGGAUCGAUUGGAUAGCGUCAGAGUCAAGAGAAAUGAAGAUGGCAGCUAUAGCACAACCAUUGAGAAUGCGUAUGAUUUGUAG